AUGCAACAUCAACUACAACAUCAAAUCACCAGCAUCACAAUCGAAACAAUUGCAGCUCAUGAAUCAAUUCUUACCCUUCAAAUCUAUCCAGUAAAUGGUGUCUCGGAAAAAGAAAAUGAGACAAAAUCUCAACAAGCCACCCUAGAGAAUUCAUGA